AUGACGGUCAAUCUCUCCUACUACGCCAUCCCCCUCGUCCACCUCCAGACUCUCUUCGCCUCCCUCAGAGGUGCUACCAUCCGCCUCGGCUUCCCCAACAAUGUCGCCCCGCGCGAGGUCAUCAGCGAGAUGGAAAAGUCUGGCAAGGUCAAGCCCCACACCAUAGCCAAGCUCAAGCGCAGGCAGGCAGCUCACGAGAACUGUUUCGAGAACAUGGGUUCUUUUAUCGGCGCUGUCGUUGCUGGUAACACGGUUGGCUUGUCCACCACAUGGAUGAACGCCAUGUCCAUCACCUACUUUAGCCUUCGAUGCUUGUACAUCUGGCUGUAUCUCAACGUCACCGAGCAGAAGAAGUCAUACUUCCGGUCAGUCGUGUAUUGGGGCUGCAACUUCUGCUUUUUGGCCACUUACGUCAAAGCCGGCCUUAAGCUCAACUCCGGCCUUUGA